UGAGCGCAUGAACAAAAACAACCGACAUCAGAGUAACACCGCGGUGAGUGAGUGCUGCAGCUCACCGGUGAUUUUAACAACCAUCAGACUCUGAUACACGGAGUACUGGUGUGAUAAGAAUAAAAAACAUUUGAAUCCAAAAUGAAGCAAAGUGGGAGAAAGGGGCGUUUCCUUUGUUACAGUGUGGAGCAGGAAGCUUCUGCUGAAGAAGUGAAAGUAAAAGUCAGAACGAGUGAAAAGCUCUGACACGAGACAACGUUUUGUGUCCACGUCCCGAGUUGAGCUGAUCCCAGAUCUCCGGAGACAAGAUGCUCCACAGUGUGAGAGGCUCUGAGCAGAAGUCUGGAGGCUUCUGCUUUGAAAACAGCCGCAGAAAUGCAGUGUUGGAGUCCAACUUGUCGGAACUCGGCUUCAAAGCUCCCAGUGCCAGAAAAACCGGGACCACCAUCGCUGGGAUUGUUUUCAAGGACGGAGUGAUCCUGGGAGCUGACACCAGGGCCACAGACGACAUGGUGGUGGCCGACAAAAACUGCAUGAAGAUACACUACAUCGCUCCAAAGGUCUAUUGCUGUGGAGCUGGCGUGGCUGCAGACGCCAUAAUCACCACACAGGUCAUAGCGUCCAACGUGGAGCUGCACAUGCUCAACACCGGGCGCCCCCCCCUCGUCGCCAUGGUAACCCGGCAGCUGAAACAGAUGCUGUUCAGGUACCAGGGUCACGUUGGCGCGUCUCUGAUUGUUGGAGGAGUGGAUGUGACCGGAGCUCACCUGUACAGUGUUUACCCUCACGGCUCCUAUGACAAGCUGCCUUUCGUCACCAUGGGUUCUGGAGCUGCAGCGGCCGUCUCUGUAUUUGAGGACAGAUUCAAACCAAAGAUGGAGCUGGAGGAGGCGAAGCAGCUCGUACGAGACGCCAUCGCCGCCGGGAUUCUCUGUGACCUGGGCUCCGGCAGCAACGUGGACAUGUGCGUAAUUACCGAGGCCGGAGUGGAGCACCUGCGAGGCUACGACCAGCUGGCGGUCAGAGGCCAGAGAGAGGGACAGUACAGGUUCGAUCCCGGUACCACUGCCGUCCUGACCAAGACUGUGACCCCUCUGUCCCUGGAUGUGGUGGAUGAGUGUGUUCACACCAUGGACGCUGAGUGAACCCUGCUCUGAUCGGCUGGUUCAAGAAAAGCUUUAGUUGUUAAAUCACUUACGUAAAAAUCAGUUUGCUUGUUUUUCUUCUCAUGAAGUUAAAUGUUCACCUCGUGACUAACGAGCAGCAGUUUCACAUUAAAAGCACUUGUUGUAAUGAUU